UCCACGCUCACGCAUAGAAGCAUCCAAGAGCACCAAAAGAGUCUUCAUCUCCUCAGAAAGCGCCUUUGUUUUACCCGUCCUGCGCAGGCUGCACACUUGCACCGCCGCCAUGAUUAAGAAGAUGUCCCCAUCCGAGACUGACUUUGACAUCCCGGCUAAGAAUUGCUACAGGAUGGUCAUCCUCGGUUCCACGAAAGUCGGGAAAACGGCCAUCGUGUCCCGCUUUCUCACCGGGAGGUUCGACGAGCAGUACACGCCGACCAUAGAGGACUUUCACCGGAAACUGUACAGCAUCAAAGGGGACGUCUACCAGCUGGACAUCUUGGACACAUCCGGGAACCAUCCUUUCCCAGCCAUGAGGAGACUCUCCAUCCUGACAGGUGAUGUCUUCAUCCUUGUCUUCAGUUUGGACAACCGAGACUCCUUCCGCGAGGUGCAGCGCCUCAAGCGUCAAAUCUACGAGACCAAGUCGUGCCUGAAAAACAAGAUGAAGGAGAACAUCGACGUGCCUCUGGUGGUCUGCGGCAACAAGGGCGACCGGGAGUUCCACCGGGAGGUCCAGCGGGAGGAGAUCGAGCAGCUGGUGGCCGGCGAGGACAAGUGCGCCUACUUCGAGAUCUCCGCCAAGCGCAACGACAACGUGGACAAGAUGUUCCGCACCUUGUUUUCCUUGGCCAAGCUGCCCCACGAAAUGAGCCCGGAUCUGCACAGGAAGGUGUCGGCACAGUACUGCGACAUGCUGCACCGCAAGUCCCUGAAGAGUAAGAAGAUGAAGGACGCGGCGGGGGAAGCGUACGGGAUGGUCACGCCGUGCGCGCGGAGACCCAGCGUGCACAGCGACCUCAUGUACAUUAAGGAGAAGGCGGUCGGAGGAGGCCAGGGCAAAGACAAGGAGAGGUGUGUCAUCAGUUAAGCGGACUUUUAAGACACGACAAGGACAUUUUUAAAUGUUAAAAAAAGGAGAAGCAGCCAUGUGCUUCGGCUUUCCCGCGUUCACACGCGCAGGCAGGCGCGAGGCGGGUCCGUGACCAUGGAGCUAAGCCGUGCCAAAAACAUAAAAUACAAGACUUGAGAAUGUACGCUCCUCGAUCUGUCAACUUUAGGUGUGUCUGUCAUCCUACUUUGUGCGCGUCGUGCGUAAAAACAAAAAAAAGUGUUUGUUGACGUCAUCGAGGAGGAGCAGCAGCAGUGGACAAUAUUGCUGUUUACAUCUUGUGGAACCUUUUAUAACUUGAAUGUCACUUUGCGAUCUCAGCUGUCUUUUUUAUGUAUAUUUAUUAACGUCGCUGUCACUUUUUUUUGUACACAAUAAAAAGUACACAGAAAUA